CCAACUGCAGCCCGAAGCGAGAUGUUUCACGCCCUGGUAGCAGGGGGCAUUGUCUUCCCUGGCCUCUUCUUGUUGUCCAAGAACGGCCUCAAGUGGCUGCCGUGGCUGCGAUGGGAGGAGGCCGACGCGGUCAUCGUCUCCGCCAGGCUCGUCUCCUCGGUGCAGGCCAUCAUGGCUUCUACCGUCGGCUACAUCGUCUCCUCGUCCUGCAAGCACAUCAUCGACGACCAACACUGGCUGACUGCCACCUACACCCAGUUUGCCAUUCCCUACUUCAUCUACGACAUCUACGCCAUGUUCAUGUGCCAUUGGCACAAGCACCGGGUCAAGGGGCACGAGGCCGCGGCGGGAGCACGAUCGCUGCGCGCCGUCACCCGCACCUACUUGCACAAGGAGUUCCUCAUGGUGGUUCACCACCUCUUCAUGGUGCUGGUCUGCUUCCCUGUGUCUGUGCUUUGGCGCCAGGGCAAGGGAGACUUCUUCCUGGGCUGCAUGCUAAUGGCUGAAGUCAGCACCCCUUUUGUCUGCCUCGGCAAGGUCCUCAUUCUGUACAAGCAGCAGCACACCCUUCUGCAUAAGGUGAACGGGGUCAUCAUGCUGGUGACAUUCUUCUGCUGCCGGAUCCUGCUCUUCCCAUACAUGUACUGGGUAUACGGGAAGUACGUUGGGCUCCCCCUCUACCGCGUGCCCUUCUCCAUCCCCGCUGAGUACAACUUGGGGUCGGCGAUCCUCAUGGCGCCCCAGCUUUACUGGUUCGGCCUCAUCUGCCGUGGGGCCUUCCGCGUUUUUUCCCGUGCCCGGAGGGCCGGGAAGGACCAGGCCUUGCGAAACGGGCACAGACCAGAGGAAGCACAGGCGCUGGACUGA